UAUUGAUCUAGCCUACCUGGGCCUCAGACAUCUUGCUCGUUGCUCUCGUGACACUCAGGAGCUCUCUAUUUGGUUACAAGUAUAUGCCGUUCCGCGAUUCCACCCAGCAUGUUCUCAUCCAGCGCCUCGCUCUACCUCGCUAUCUUCGCCUGCGUCCUUUCGAUGUCCGCUGUAGCUUUGCGUUUCUGUCCCCGCUUUACUCCGCUUGAAGCGCCUGCUUUGUGUGCCUCCUCGUCUGCUUGUUUGUCUUCCGACGAAGCUUUCUUCUUGCGGCCACGCUUUGCCUUGCCCUUUGCUUCCUAAAGCGCUGUUUGCUCAGCACGCUUCCUCCGCACUUCUUCAAGGUCCUCAAAGACUAUGACUUUUCCCUCACCUUUUCCCUUCGCGAGGAUGGUUGAUUUGGUGGCUUUUUGAACUUUAGCUUCGUCGUUAACCUUCAUUAGGAAUUUGAUCUGAUCUCGCUGGAGGAUGCCUCUCGAAAAGGCGAGAUGGGUAGCUUUCGAGAACUUCUCUAGGUGCCUCUACAAACUACAUUUGCUCCU